AUGGCAACACCCCUUUUCCCCCUCCCUAACCCCCCUCCUCCCCCCCCCUUUCCCUCCCCCUUCCCUUCCCCUCCCCUCCCCCACCCUGCCACCCCUCCCCCACAUCUUUCCUUCCUCACCUGCGUUCUUACCACUCUAACCCCCUCACCACCCAUCCCCGUUAUAAGCAUGUUGGCAUGGUAUGCAGAGUAUCCUGCGCCUCGCCCUUGUCCUCCUCUCUCCUCGGUGCUCUCUGCAUCGCUGCCGGCUCACUUGCCUCCGCGCAGGUAUGCAAGCAUGCGUCUACUCCCUUCUCGCCUUGUCCAUCUCCCUGUCUCCUCCUCUCUCCUCGGUGCUCUCUGCAUCGCUGCUGGCUCCCUCGCCUCCGCGCAGGUAAGGUUCGGUAGCUUCACAGGUGGUGCACGCAGCCUUUCACCCCCCACAACAACGAUCGUCUCACCAGUCCUCUGCGCCCUUCAAGCAGCAGCCACGCCAAGUUGUGGUGGAGUGGCCAGCACGAGAGUGCUGACUUGUCCCCUCGAUGAGGCAAGCAGCAGCGCAUGUGGUGCUGCCACGUCCUGCCACGUCCUGCCACGUCCUGCCCUUGACAUAUCGUCCAUGCUAGGUGGUCGCUUCUGCAACCUCAUGCCCAGCAAUGUGCAGAAGCGAGGUGCCUUCGCCUCCUUCUCCCUGCCAGGUACGCCCUGCCAGGGCAGCAAGUACGCGACAGGGAACUCACGGGGCCUGAUCAAAGCAGGGGGAGACAGAGUACGCAACCCUCCCCUUCCCCCUUCCAUUUUCCUCCCUCCCUCUCCAUGCAGCCAAAGGCAGCAAGUACGCAACAGGGAACUCAAGGGGCCUAAUCAAGGACCUCUUUCAUCGCUUCGGCUGCCACCACUGCGGCACGCGGCGGGGCGACUGCCCUGCCUCUUUGGUGGAUUCUUCCUCCACCCACAGCUGAUGGCUCAAGGACAGGAGACUUGUCCGUGCCUUUUUGGAGGAUUCUUCCUCCACCCACAGCUGAUGGCUCAAGGACAGGAGACAUUUGAUUCUAUGACUGGGGAGAGAGGGACAGAGCGACGGAGGGGGGCCGGGGGGAGGCUGAAUGGUGGUGGUGGUGGUGGUGGUGGUGGUGGUGGUGGUGGUGGUGGUGGUGGUGGUGGUGGUGGUGGUGGUGGUGGUGGUGGUGGUGGUGGUGGUGGUGGUGGUGGUGGUGGUGGUGGUGGUGGUGGUGGUGGUGGUGGUGGUGGUGGUGGUGGUGGAGGUGGUGGUGGUGGUGGUGGUGGUGGUGGUGGUGGUGGUGGUGGUGGUGGUGGUGGUGGUGGUGGUGGUGGUGGUGGUGGUGGUGGUGGUGGUGGUGGUGGUGGUGGUGGUGGUGGUGGUGGUGGUGGUGGUGGUGGUGGUGGUGGUGGUGGUGGUGGUGGUGGUGGUGGUGGUGGUGGUGGUGGUGGUGGUGGUGGUGGUGGUGGUGGUGGUGGUGGUGGUGGUGGUGGUGGUGGUGGUGGUGGGAGGAAGACAGGGCGGGGGUGA